UCCACCCGCUCCCCGCGCAUGUUAUAUGUACGCCGGAAGGCUGGUUCUUCGUCCAUCGGAGGAAGAGGUAGCGAGAAGGAAAACAUACAACGGCGACAACCACGGCAUCGUUUUUGCAAGGUCACUGGCCGCAAAGCAAGGGCCUCACUUGACCGCAACUGCAAAUGGAUCUGCGAAUCGAUCCCCGAGUGAUAGCUACAAGAGAGGAGCUGGAGCACAUGCUAAAUGACGCUGGAAAGCCCAAACCCCUGCAUUUUUUACUUCUGAAAGACAUCACAAAUGAUUUCUCGGAAGACAAGAUAAUCGGGAGAGGUGGAUCUGCUGUGGUUUAUAAGGGAUCCAUCGGGAAUCGCACGGUCGCUGUAAAGAGGCUGUCCACACCAUAUAUGCACGAAGAGCAAUUCGAACGAGAGAUUAAGUGUCUGAUGAAGGUGAAGCACGAAAACAUCGUUCAGUUUCUAGGAUAUUGUUCCGACACCCAGGGGUGUAUGGCAAGCUACGAUGGGAAACUUGUGAUGGCAGGCGUACAAGAACGAUUGCUUUGUUUUGAAUAUCUAUGUAAAGGAAGUCUUGAUAAACAUAUGACAGAUGAACUUGAAUGGAAACAACGAUAUCAAAUAAUUAUUGGAGUUUGUCAGGGCUUACAUCGACUUCACAAGGACCCCAUUUUUCACUUGGAUCUGAAACCGGGAAAUAUACUUCUGGAUGAAAACAUGCUCCCAAAAAUUGCUGAUUUCGGCCUUGCAAGGUGCUUGGAUAAAGACCAAACAAAGAUUCAUACUGAAAAUAUAGAUGGAACAUGGGCAUACUUAGCACCAGAAUUAAAAACGAGUGAUGGUGUAAUCACAGUCAAGUCAAUCACAGUCAAGUCUGAUUUGUACAGUCUUGGUGUCAUAAUUAUGGAGAUACUCACAGGAGGCAAGGGAUCUGACAGGUGUCGCAAUGUUGAUGAUGUAAUUGAGAACUGGAACAGCAGGAUGGGUGAGUCGUUGUCAAGCGCACAGUUGGACCAGAUAAAAGUAUGCUCUAAGAUUGGGAUUGAGUGCAGCGAUAUUAACCCAGCCAAUAGACCAGCAGAUACAACCGAUAUAAUCAAUAGGCUUGGAAAUACUGGAACUACACAGGAAUCGCAAGAGUCCAGCAAGCUACUUCAUGUCCAUCCGGCUUUACUCGUGUUUGACUUGCAACCCGGGAAGUUGAUACCGUGCUCACUGCAGCUAACAAACGACAAGGAUGAACAUGUGGCAUUUAAGCUUAGUACAACGCAGACCGUGGACUGGUCGGAACACUUCAUGGCCAGGCUACCGAUAUUCGGCGUUGUGACGGCGCGAUCCACCUACACUCUCAUUCUAACAGUGUCGGAGUGGGGUGUACCAGACAAAAGAACUUGCGACUUGGUCCUGGAGAGCUGCAUUUCGCCAUAUAACCACAUCGUGAAGUUCAGAGACAUACCCGAGUGUGAGGAACAUUUUAACGUACACAAGGGAGGAAAUGCGGUGCACAAGGAGAAACUGACCGCUUUUUUGUCUCUGAAAGGACAGUCAACGCCGUCCAAGCCAACCGGUUCGGGCAUCAAGGUCUUAUACAUGGAGAGACCGCGGAUCCCUCUGUUUUCCUUGGAUGCACAUCCGUCCAAUCCGUGGAUCAUAACUGGUCAUACGUAUGGAAAUGUUCGCAUUUGGAACCAUGAGACAAAGAGCCUACUGGAUUCGUUUAAAGUCUCGCAGCAAUCAGUUUAUUCUGUCAAAUUUAUUGCACGGAAGCAGUGGUUCAUUUGCGGCACAGCAGAAGGGCUCAUACAUGUGUACAGCUACGAAAAAGGAAUGCAAAAGAUCACGAGCUUCAGAGCUCAUGAUGGCUACAUGUUACUGGAGGUUCAUCCAACCCAGCCAUAUGUACUGUCAUGGCCUUGUUUGCUUAACCAUGAAAAGAAGCUUUGGGGCUGGGAGAAGGGAUGGAAGUGCACACAAACAUUUGAGAGGGAACAUAGAAGGGGUGUAGUAGCAGAUAAAAUUGCUUUUGACCCCAAAAGCAACCUUUUUGCUAGUACAUCUGAUGACACAGUGAAGGUUUGGAGCCUUGAUUCUCCCAAAUCUAACUAUACUCUGCCUAAGAAUUUUAACGAAGUGUACUUCCUGGAAUUCUUCACAUGUGAUGAUCAGCAGUAUCUGGUUCUCGGCAAUGAUGAUAAUCUAAUGGUAUGGGACAUUCAGAUGAAGAAUUAUGUUCACAAUAAGCUGCAAACUGAUUCCGUCUUCUCACAUCACAAACUUUCAGUACUACUUACACCUACAUCUUAUGGCACUUCAAAUUUCUGGAGCUCCAAAGAUUUCAGGCUUGAGGGAGUCCUUGACUAUGCUUAUGGAGGAACGAUACAUGGCAUGGCAUGUUUGAUGGGACCAAAAAAAUGGUUUGUUAUUGGACAAGAAGUUGCAUUAACAAUCCUGGGUAUUGAUAAUGAGAAAUAUCAGAAGGACUCAAGGGAAACUAGUGAGCCACUGUUAUGCGCUGAUACGAGAACAGAAGACACAAAUUCUGAGGUCAUAACCCAAGGGUCAAAUGAGCUUCUUCAUGUCCACCCUCGAAAGCUCCAUUUCCCCUUCCAUACCCACAAGUUGAUCCCAUGCUCACUGAACCUAACAAACAACACGGAUAAACAUGUGGCAUUUAGACUUAGCUUAGAAAAGGAAGCGAUGUGGUCGUGGCAUCCCUUCGUAAGGAUGCCUCUCAGCGGAAUUGUGCCGUCGAGAUCCACUUAUACUCUUGUCGUGACAGUGGGAGAGCUAGCACAUCUACAACAGGAACAAAACUUUAAUCUGAUCCUGCAGAGCAGUAUAUCUGGGGAUAAGUACAUCUAUACAUUCCAAGACCAAUCCGACUGUGAUCAAUUUUUUGAGGAUGCUAAAGAGGCAGGGAAUGUGGGGCCUGAGGUGAAACUAAAAGCGGUUUUGUCUCUGCAAGAACAGGCAAUGUCUGAGAACGGAUCGACUGGAGAAGAUGUAGCCCCACCUUUAAUAAACAUUUGGGGUUUGUUCCACCCUAAGAAUUCUUCUGGUUUCCUGUGUUCCCUAGAUGCUGAUCCGACAGAGUCAUGGAUUAUAACAGGCCACCUCAAUGGAGAUGUUUCUAUAUGGAAGUGUGGCACGCAGAGAAUGAUGUCAUCGAUUAACACCUGGGAGGGAACAGGCCUCCUUGGGAAUAUCCUUAACACCCAAUACAAUGUUUAUUCUGUUAAAUUCAUUACAAGGAGGCGAUGGUUUGUGGCUGGGACAUAUGACGGAUCCAUUCAUGUGUAUAACUAUGAUACAAGAAUGGACUUAGUAAAGAGAUUCAAAGUACACUCAUCUGGGAUUAGAGACAAUGUUCUUUACUCGGCCAGAGGGCUGGUCGUCCAUCCAAACCAGCCGUAUGUGCUCUCGACUAUUGGAGAAAUGAAACUUUGGGACUGGGACAAAGACUGGAAAUGCAUACAAACUUUUGAGAGGGAACACAUUGAUACCAUACGUCAAGUAGCAUUUAGCCUGAAAGACAACACUUUUGCUAGUGCUUCAAGUGAUCACACAAUAAAGCUUUGGCGACUUGAUUCUUCCACAUCUGAGCAUACUCUUCGUGGCCAUUCAGACAAAGUGAACUGCCUGGAGUUCUUCACACGUGAUGGUCGGCAGCAUUUGAUUACUGGCUCUCAAGAUUGUACUGCCAAGAUAUGGGGCUUGGAGACAAAGACGUGUGUUCAUACAAUGGAUGUUUUCAUGUCGCCAGUUUCUUCGGUCAUUUCCCUUCCAGAUACUCCAUAUUUAAUUACAGGUUGUGAAGAUGGCACUGUUCAUUUGUGGAACUGUACUAGUUUCAGGCUUGAGAGGAUAUUUAACAUUGGUAGUGGACCUGUUGGUAGUCUAUGUUCACUAGGGUCAAAGAGGGUUGUUAUUCAACAGGCGGGUGAAAUAUCAAUCAUGGAUAUUGACACAAUUUCCGAGACAAGCUCAUCAGCUCCCUCAAAUGACCUGAUUGAGGUUGACCCCCCAGAGUUGCGCUUCCCAGAUGUCAAAGAAGUGUCAAGCACACUGGAGAUCAGCAAUAUUACAUAUCACCACGUAGCUUUCAGUUUAUGCUCAUUAAGCAACACGGCAAACUACAGUGCAUCUCCGGCCAUAGGAGUUCUACCACCAAAGUCGACGCAGCAAGUGGUUGUAAGAAGAUUUGCACAUCAAUGGGUGCCAGCAGACCUCAAACCCAAGGAGGUAGUCUUGGUGAAUGGAAUCAUCACGAUUGAGGGCUUAAAGACCACAAAUGUCACUUAUGACAUGUUCACACCAAAGACAGGUCGAAUCGUGGAUGAGGUGCAGCUGGAUGUUGUUUCCGUAGCAUCAGAGAUCAUAUCAAAAGUGAAGUUACCAUGGACCUUAGAUGUGCAUCCAACAGAGCCAUGGAUAAUGACGACUCAAGGAGAUUACCACAUUCAUAUAUGGAACUAUGAAACACGGGAAGCGAACCCUAUUGCUAUCAAGGGGAGAGAAGUUACUUCAGCCAAAUUUAUAGCAUGCAAGCAGUGGAUUAUGGCGGGUUGUUUUAGUGGACUCAUCUAUGUGUACAGCUACGAUCCACUAAACAAAAAUCCAGUUAAGAAAAUACGAGUACUGCAAGGACACACAAAAUCUGUCAAUUCUUUGGCCAUUCAUGCAACUGAGCCGUACGCCCUGUCAGCAUCCCAAGAUGGCAAAAUUUUGAUAUGGAGCUAUGAAAAUGAGUGGAAGUUGAUGAGCACAGUUGAUGCCAAAAGCCUUCCUGUAGAGGAUGUCGAGUUUAACGACUAUGGAAAUGACAGCGAGUUAAUGAAAAAAGUUCGUGUUAAAAGCCUUUCUGUGAUGCAAGUCGCGUUUAACCCAAAGGAAACCAAUAUGUUUGCCAGUGCACAGGACAAAACAGUAAAGAUAUGGGAUCUGCGUUCUGGUGAAUGUAAGCUCAUAUUGUCUGGGCAUUCAGACUUAGUGCUGUGUUUGGAUUACUUCAGUCUGCGUGACAAGCUACACUUGAUCACUGGUUCACUAGACAGAACAGCCAAGAUUUGGGACUGCAAGACAGGGAGGUGUGUUAAGACACUGAAAGAACAUAUGGAUGUUGUUAAGAUUGUCUGUUGCCAUCCGAAUCUUCCAAUACUAAUUACAGGUUCACAUGACGGGUCAGUUCAUCUGUGGGACUCCAACUCUACCACUUUCCGACAUGAACGUACUCUCAAUCUUCACCUUGGAGAAGUCUAUGCUAUAGCAAGUUUGAAGAAAUCAACAAGGAUUGCGGUCGGAAAUGAGAAAGGAUUGGCACUGGUAGAAAUAGAUCCGGAGGACAAGAAGGAUAGCAGUGUGGGGAGCACUGUAGCGAUCACGGCUUCUAAGAAAGACAUUGGUCGGAUGAUCCAAGAGAUAAGCUCAUCUACUGUCCCAAGUGAACUGAUCAAGGUCGAUCCUCUCGAGUUGCGCUUCCCCGUUGUGCAAAUCGUGUCAGGCACACUGAAGAUAUGCAACAUUACUGAUUAUACAGUGGCUUUCAGUAUAUGUUUGAAUAACAAUACAAUGAAGUGCACCAUAUUGCCGACCAAAGGAGUUCUGUCACCACAGUCGACGCUGGAUGUUCUCAUAUCAUUUUGUUUUCCAGAAAAAUACAAAAGCCUUAUUCCCAACGAGGUGGUCACCGUGAAGAGCACCUUAGUGGAGAAUGGUUUGCUGGCCACAGAUGUCACAGAUUACAUGUUCAAAACAGAGACAGGCCGAAACGUGCAUAGCGUGGAGCUGGCCAUAGUUUUUGUAGCCUCCAAAAUCGUAUCCAAAGUAAAGUCGGUGUCGACAAUAGAUGUGCAUCCAACAGAUCCAUGGAUGGUCAUUACUCAAGGACACAAGUCUUUUCAAAUGAAUUACCGUACGAAGGAAGUGAAAUUGGUUGAGUUGGAGGGGGAAGAAGUUAGUUUGGCCAAAUUUAUAGCCCGCAAGCAAUGGAUUUUGGCUGGUUUUACUAGUGGACUCCUCUGCGUGUACAGUUGUGAUUCACAAAAGACAAUCCAUGUUCUGCGUGAACACUCUACAUCUAUCAAGUCUUUGGCUAUCCAUGCAACUAAGCCAUAUGUGCUGUCAGCAUCCCAUGAUGGUAAAAUUUUGUUGUGGGACUAUGGAAAGGACUGGCAAUUGAUAAAAACAUUUGAUGCCAACACUCGGCUUGAUAAAGGUGAUACUGUGGAGCAAGUCAUGUUUAACCCAAAGGACACCGAUACAUUUGCCAGUGCCCAGGGCAAAACAGUAAAGUUUUGGAAUCUGGAUUCGGGUGAAUGUAAGCACACAUUGUGGCAUUCAGAUUUAGUGUUGUGUUUGGAUUACUUCAGUCUGGGUGAAAAGCUAUACUUGAUCACCGGUUCACAAAACAGAACUGCCAAGAUCUGGGACUGCAAAACACAUAGAUGUGUUCAUUCACUAAAAGGGCACAUGGAUGUUGUUAACAUUGUGUGUUGCCAUCCAGAUCUUCCAAUACUCAUUACAGGUUCAUGGGACGGGUCCGUUCAUCUGUGGGACUCUACCACCUUCCGACAUGAGCUCAACCUUGAUCUCGGAGAAGUUUAUGAUAUAGCAGGUUUGAGGAGAUCAACAAGGCUUGAGCGCAUGCUGGACUUUAAGCUCGGGAAAGUGAAUUUUAUAGCAUGUUUGAAGGGGUCAACGAGAAUUGCGAUUGGACUUGAGAAUGGAUUAGUACUGCCAAACAUAAAGCUGUGAGAAGGUGAUUUGAGCAAUAAAACGAAAAUCAAAGUUUAAUGUGAGGCGCUGCAGCAAAUUACGAUGACUGGAGAAGGCUACUGGAAUAUUCUUGUGAAUCUAAUUGUGUUGAUAAAAUUCAAAACGCAAAGAGCCGAAAGAACCGUGAUACGUGCAUGAGUGUUCCCCAUUUUACUGGAACAUGUUUGUUAUUAGCAUACCUUUAACUAUGUUCCUAUGCUAAUUUUUAUUUUAUGCUA